CUUUCCUGAACUGCCGGUGCAGAUCAUUGUGCCUGCAGAGUACCUCUAUCGCGAUGGCUUGAAAUCUGUUCGAAAAUCCCCACCUGCAAAUGACCAUUUCACGCCAGGCGAGAUUGAAGCGGUUCAAGCUGAGCUGGACAAUUAUGCGGAUCUAUUUGCAGAUGAUUCUGACUCAGAGUCUGAUCCCGAAUCCGUGUCCGACUCCGUGUCCGAGUCACAGUCUGGCGAAUGUGACUCGACGCGGUCCGACAUGCUCUCAGAUUCCGAUUCCGACGAAGAAGAUAUGGAACGACUGUACGAUUAUUACAAGACUUACAACGAAAAGAUCACCCAUGCCUUUCACGAACAACUUGAUCCGAUCAUCGAGGACGAGCUUGUCGGUCUUCCAUCCGUCUAUCUCACUCCUCCAACGCCCGAAAUGCUUCCUGUAUCACCCGACGACGAUUCAAUCUCGCAAGGUCAAGAACUCCUCGAAACACCUCCUUCCUUGACACUUGAAGGGACUUGGAGAGACGCCUCUGACUCCCCCUCGUCUUCAAUCUUACCAUCUCCCAACCCUCAGUCGCGUAUCGGCCUCGGGCUCGAAAUGGAGGAGUCAACCGCUCCCUCGAUCUCUUUAUCCAAAACUGAUUGGGCUGACAUGGAUGAUGAUUUCCCCAUGGUAUUCCCAUCAUCAGAAUAUGCCCCUCCUACUGCCGAACCCCAUUCAGCCCUCCAACCCGGGCUAGAGCUCGAACUCGACCGAUCAUCCCCAACUUCAGUGCCUGCCUCCACGAUCUGCUGGGCAGAUAUGGAUGAUGAUGUUCCCAUGGUGUUUCCAGACUCUCUCUAAGGCUACUGGUGUGUACCGUAGCUGAGCCUUCAAUCAUGACACGAGCUGGUCUCUCCUUUGGGCAUUC